GGGUGUGGCCACACUGGCUGGCAAUAUUUUUAUUCGGAGCAAACAAAGAUGCGGAUUUUCUACGGAUUUGUGGCGUUCCUGGUGGCCACCAGUCUGCCCGCCGCCCGGACGAUACAGGCUCGCAGCGACAAGGAGCAGCCGCAGACGGUGGUCUCCGGCACGGCGGUGCAGUCGGUGGUGCCCGUCCAGGCGCAACUUGGCUCCGGCAUGGGAGCCUCCUCAUCGUCAUCGUCGUCGUCCUCCUCCUCCGGCGGACCUGGCAACUCCGCCUUUCAUCCACUGGGACCGUAUGUGAGCUGCUCCUUCCUGCCACGCGACUUCCUCGAGUGCAAGGAUCCCGUGGAUCGGCAUGAAAACGCCACGGCCAAGAACGGCAAGCCCAUCGGCUGCGUCAAGUGGGGCGGCUCCACGUACGAGGAUGUGGAGCACACCGAGGUGUUGUGCACCGUGUUCUCGGACAUCGAGUGCUACGGGAAUCGCACCUUCCUGCGCGCCGGAGUGCCCUGCAUCCGCUACACGGAUCACUACUUUGUGACCACGCUCAUCUAUAGCAUGCUGCUCGGAUUCCUGGGGAUGGACCGCUUCUGCCUCGGCCAAACGGGCACCGCCGUGGGCAAACUGCUCACCAUGGGCGGCGUGGGCGUCUGGUGGAUCAUCGACGUCAUCCUGCUGAUCACCAACAAUCUGCUGCCCGAGGACGGCAGCAAUUGGAACCCCUAUGUGUGAUAUGCCUCUGUGUUUAGCCUUAAGUAGUGCACUAAGAUCGAUAAGAGUAAAGUAAGCCGAACUAUGGGUAUUAGAUUAAAA